GCAGUCUUCGGUUUAUGUUCAACGAAUAAGCAACGUUGUCUCGAGUGUUUCGCUUACGGUGCGCCGUGCGUGUGACUUGGUUAAGUGCUUUCAAUAAAAUUUGAGAAAAUCGAAAAAUACGUCAAAAUACGUCAAAAACAAAGUUCAAAUUAACUUUGCACUUUAAGGACUUACAACAUUUGGAUUAUUUAUCAUUUAAAACUCUUUUAAAAAAGCGAUGACAUAAUGGAGCCGAUGACCGCAUUGGUUUUUGCUUUCCAAUUGCUGGCGUUAUUCUCAAUAGCAGGGGCACUACUCAUCUAUCUGGUUUGUAAGGUACGAGAAGUUGAGCAGAGCUCUACUAUGAGUCAACAUAAUACCGUUGUUUUGGUAACUAGUGCCGAUACAGCACUUGGACUGCAAUUGUGUACACAUUUAGCCAACAAGGGCUGUCGUGUUUUUGCUGGAAUGAAGGACAUACAUGAUUCGCUGCCAGCCAAACUGCUUACCGGUUGGGUUGGCAUGCGGGAAUUUGAUGAUGAACCUUUACGUGGUUCUAUUAUAAUGAUGAAAUUGGAUGUAACGCGCGAGGACAAAUUACGUGAAGCCGCUGUUUCCAUAAAUGCACACUUAAAUGCUGGACAACAUGGUAUAUCAGCAGUGAUUAAUACGAGUGGUAGUCUAUUUCGUGGACGCAUAGAGUUACAGGAGGUGCUACAGUGGGAACAUAUGUUAAAAACAAAUAUUCUAGGUUCAUUGCGUGUAGCUAAGGCCUUUGUACCUUUUCUACGACCUACCGCCGGACGUCUAAUCUAUUUGGGUGCAAGCAGUAGUGAUAGUGAGGGUUUGGUAGCAUUCAAGGCAUCUCGUGUUGCUGUAGAAACUUGUGCAGAGGAGCUACGCAAAGAAGUGAAGCAAUAUGGAGUGAGUGUUGUGGCUUUGGAUACAAGUGGUAUGUCUGCCGAAUCAUUGUACAAAGCACCGGAACCACAAUCUAAUACGAGCACUGAAGGCGAACCCUUGCAAUACACUGCGGAUAUACUUCCACCCAGUUCUUUACAAGUUAUCGAUCGAGCCUUAUGGGACUUUCCACCAAAGGAACGUUACCAAUUAGUGGUGCCAAAUAGCAAAUAUAAUUUCAUGUUGCCAUGUCGUUCGUCAUUCCGUUUGACGAAACUAAGCGAUGGAGCCAGCAGAGUUCAAAAAGUUUAAAAUGUUGUUGAUUUGGAUUUUUUUAUAAUUGUUUUAGAAAACUUUUGGAUAAUUGAACAAAAUUGGGGACGCUCCAAAAUUGUGAAAAACAAAAUUUUUAUUUGUUAAUAAUAUUAUUUUAUUAUAGUUUGUUAUUAUUUGUAGCUUCAUGGAAGUACGUACAUAUAUUUUUUUUUCUAUACAUCAGUACCAACGAUAGAGUUAGUCUUUUCAAUAUAGGUGGUAAAAAGUAGUCUUAUUGUUUAAAUUUUUCUGUUGUACUGAAAAAUAGACGAAGUAUAACAUAUUUUAGCAGAUUUGACUAUAUAUUCUCUUACUAUAAAUAUUUCUGACUAUAUAUUGGAAAGUAAACCCAUAUAAAAUCUAUUAAAAUAUGUAUAUAUGAAGACUUCCAUAGAUGUAUGUUCAUAUUGAGAAACCAUGCUAUUGCAAAUAUCUCGACUGGAAUACUUCGGGAUAAAAGUUAAUUAUACAUAUAUGCAAAUCUUUUUUAAAAUUAAGACAUUUCCCUUAACGAAAUUAAUCUUUUCUAGAAAAAUUUAUCCGGAACCGUUGUUGUCGAGUUAUUUUGAAUAGUUUGUUUAACUUAAAGCUACAAAAUCUAACAAAUAUUUUUUAAUCUUUUUAAGCUACUGUACAUAUUUACACAUAUUUAUAACCUAUAUAAAAAUUUAUAUAUAUUUUUUUGAAAAUUUGACCAGAAAUGUAAAAUAAAUUAAUUUCUUUUUU